AUGUUUAAGUUUUUUGGAUCAGGAAAAGAUGACAGCUGCGCAAAACGUUGUGCACCUGUUAAACCAGAUGAAGGCGAAUUUGACAAAGAUGCCGAGGUCGUAGUAACACCUCUAGGCUCAGUUGGAGGUGCAAAAUUAAUCUCUGUGUAUGGUCACGAAUACUAUAGCUUUGAGGGAAUUCCGUAUGCUGAACCGCCUUUGGGGCAGUUACGUUUCAAAUCUCCUGUACCAGUUAAAACUUGGACCGGCAUUAAGGAUUGCCGUUAUUCUAAUCGCAAAGCCAUGCAAAAGAAUUUACAAGGCGUAAUAGAGGGCUCUGAAGAUUGCCUCUAUUUGAACAUAUUUAGCAAAGAUAUACAUAGUAAGACAAAACUACCGGUCAUGGUGUGGAUACACGGUGGGGGAUUUAGCAUGGGAAGUUGCAUCAAAGAUUAUAUAUGUGGCCCUGAUUACUUCAUGAUGGAAGACAUAGUCUUAGUUACUUUCAAUUAUCGUUUGUCAAUGUUCGGUUUUCUCAGCCUUUGCGAUCCUAGCGUUUCCGUUCCCGGUAAUGCUGGUUUAAAGGAUCAAGUAUUGGCCCUAAAAUGGGUUAAAAAUAAUAUUUCCUAUUUUGGAGGCGAUGUUAGUUGUAUCACUUUAUUUGGACAGGAUGCAGGAGCAGUUUCAGUACAUUUUAUGCUUAGCACAGAUCGUGCUUGUAAUUUAUUUCAUAAAGCAAUUUGUCAAUCCGGUUGCAUGUUACACGAUUGGGCCAUAAGUUAUGACGCAAUCGAAAUGUCUUAUCUUCUUGCAUGCCGAAAAGGCUACAAAGGUUCUAGGGAUGACGAUAAAAGCAUUUUGAAAUUUUUGCAAUCAGUACCAGCCGAAAAAUUGGUUGAUAUAGAUGAUCUCGAUACUGUGGGACGAUAUAAGGGUUACUUUUCCGCCUUUAUGCCUUCAAUUGAACCGUACGAAAGCGAUGAUUCUAUUAUAGCUAAACCUAUUUGGGAAUUAAUUAGAAGCGCAUGGGGUAAUAAUGUACCGCUUAUUCUCGGUGCCACUUCAUUUGAGGGUUUGUGCAUGUAUCCGGUGCUGAAAAAGAUACCAGAACUUUUGGAAAGACUUAGAAAUAAAUGGGAAAGACUUUUGCCCAAUGACGUGACUGCUUGCGACGAUCAAACGAAAUUGAUAGAAAACGUAAUGGCAACUCAUGGUGUUGACAGCAAUAUAGGCAGAGAAAAUAUGUGUGCUCUUUUGGAUUACUACUCUUAUCGCUUAUUCUUGCAUGGAAUGCGUCGUUUUUUAUUAGCACGCUGCAAAUAUGCUAAAGCAUCUACCUAUCACUAUCGUUUUGACCAUGAUACAACCAAUUUUAAUCAUCAUCGUAUUAUAUACUGCGGCAAUGAUGUCAGCUCAGGUGUUGCUCAUGGAGAUGAUUUAUCGUAUCUUUUCUAUUCGUAUUAUACGAUUAAACCGAAACCUGAGACGUGCGAGUAUUCCGUGAUAAAGCGUAUGAUCAAAAUGUUAACAGCAUUUGCUAAGACCUCAAACCCGAAUUGUGAAUAUAUAUGUAAUUGGUCGAGUAUCUCUGAAGCAGGCAUACAAAAAUGGUUAAAUAUGGGCGCCGAUUGGUCAUUCAUAUCGAUACCAAAUGAAGUGGAGGAAAAAUAUGCAGCUUGGGAUAAUUUAUACGGAGCUUGUUUAGUAGGGUAA